AGCCGACGGCACGAGCUUCGAUGUACCUGCUUAAAGGCGCCAGCACGAGCCAAACUCUCAGGUAACGCAGUCGGACCGUUUCACUGCAGUCGCAGAACUUUUAUUACUGCGCGAAAGUUGUUACACAGGUAACGUUUUGGGAAAUUAAACGAAGAACACCUCAGGAUUAAGAGGAAAGGUGAAAUAUCGUGCGUAUUAUUAAACAAUAUGAAAACGUAUUCAGGAUUGGAAGACUUUGUAGGACACUCGUUGUAGUCAGGGAUUAUGAAGCCAUGAUUUAACAGACCAGCGCAGAUGAUUCAGGAGAGAUUCGCAUCGCUGUCAGCCGAAGUUUUCGGCAUUUCACCAGCCGCGGUGCUUAAUGCACAUUCUUUUCACUAACUCCGGCGGUGGGACGGGUACUUAGCCCGAAGCUGGAUUUCAGUGAACAUGUCUAAAGUGGUCCAAAAGAAAAACCACUGGACUACUAAAGUGAACGAGUGCGCGGUGUGCACGAGUAGCAGCGGGGAGCUGAACGUGGAACUGCGCGGCGGGGCGGAGAACGGAGAGUUCACGUACGUUGGGAAAGUACAGGACGAUGCCGUGCUUUACAAACACGGACGCUUGUCCGAGGGGGAAUUGCUGCUGGAAGUCGAGGGUUUGUCCGUUUCUGGAUUGCCCCUGUACGACGUACUGACUGUCACGAAGGAGUGCAGAGGUCCUGUCCGGAUGAAAACUGUCAGACAAGGACAUAAACUAAAUAAGGACCUGAGGCACUAUCUAAGUCUACGUUUUCAGAAGUCCUCACCAGACUAUGACCUUCAGCAGACCAUCAGAGACAACUUGUACCGCCAUGCAGUGCCCUGUACCACCCGCCUCCCUCGAGCCGGCGAGGUUCCAGGUGUGGAUUACAACUUCCUGUCCGUGCAGGAGUUCCUGGAGUUGGAGCGGUGUGGAACUCUUCUGGAAAUCGGGACUUACGAGGGUAACUAUUAUGGAACACCCAAGCCUCCCAGCCAGCCCACCCACGGGACAGUGAUUACCCAGGAUGCUUUGCGAGACGGCCUUUCUGGCUCCCAGCAUUCCACGCCCAAGCGCACCAAGUCCUACAAUGACAUGCAACAUGCUCCACUAGUGUCUUUUGAGCAGAUGGAAGAUGCAGACUUCGGCUCAGACAUGAACAACGCUUUCACAGGAGACUCCGGCCGGCAGGAAGUGCACGGCGUGGUACGAGACGGCGCCCCCUGCAGCGUGCUGAACAGCGUGGCGCUGUCUCCCGCAGCCACCAUGGCCAGCCCACAUCAUCCCCAGCUUCCUCCGGAGAACGACCCGCUCGGCCCGUUGCCAGACAACUGGGAAAUGGCCUACACAGAGAGUGGAGAGGUCUAUUUUAUAGACCACAACACGAAGACGACCUCCUGGAUGGACCCCCGCUGUCAGGACAAGCAACAGAAGCCCAUAGAGGAGUGUGAUGACGAUGAAGAAGGGGUACAUACUGAGGAACCAGACAAUGAACUUGAACUGCCUCCAGGUUGGGAGAAGAUCGACGACCCAGUGUAUGGUGUAUAUUACGUUGAUCACAUUAACAGAAAGACGCAGUACGAGAACCCGGUCCUGGAGGCCAGGCGCAAAAAGCAGGUCGAUAUCCAGCAGCCACCAGAAGGUGAGCGCUACGUCAGAGAAUGGAUAGAAGAGCACUCGUCCGCUGGCGCGCCGAUCACCGCCUACAUCCCCAACCACCUGGAGACGUACCGGGACCCACAGAGCGGCCCGCCGCUCCCGACCGUCCCCGGCUCGAAACGGGGGAAGCCGUUCUUCACACGGAACCCAGCGGAGCUGAAGGGGACGUUCAUAAGCACCAAACUCCUGAAGAGUAGGCGGGGCUUCGGCUUCACAGUGGUGGGCGGAGACGAGCCAGACGAGUUCUUGCAGAUCAAAAGCCUGGUGCUGGAUGGCCCUGCCGCCGUGGACGGCAAGAUGGAGACGGGCGACGUCAUCGUCAGCGUCAACGAUGCCAUCGUUCUGGGCUACACCCACGCGCAGGUGGUCAAGAUUUUCCAGUCCAUCCCCAUCGGCUCGGCCGUGCAGCUGGAGCUGUGCCGCGGCUACCCCCUGCCCUUUGACCCCGACGACCCCAACACCAGCCUGGUCACCUCCGUCGCCAUCCUGGACAAGGAGCCCAUCAUCGUCAACGGACAGGAGGCCUUCGAGCCGCCCCCGCUGUGCCUGGGCCUGGGGCUAGGGCCGGCGGGAGUGGGGCCUGGGGCCCCGGGGGCGGGGCUGGCCGGCCGAGGCGAGCCCCGCCCAUACAGCCCCACGGCGGAGGGUGGCGGGGCGGGCCUGCCCGAGGCGUACGGCAGCGACGUGGUGACGCUGGCCUCGUCCAUCGCCACGCAGCCCGAGCUCAUCACCGUGCACAUGGAGAAGGGCGAUAAGGGCUUCGGCUUCACCAUCGCCGACUGCGGUGGGGCGGGCGGCGGCCAGCGCGUCAAGCAGAUCGUGGACUACCCGCGCUGCCGCGGGCUCAAAGAGGGCGACAUCCUGGUGGAGGUCAACAAGAGGAACGUGCAGAACCUGAGCCACAACCAGGUGGUGGACCUCCUCAGCAAGUGCCCGCGCGGCACUGAGGUCACCAUGCUGGUGCAGAGAGGGGUGGUGCAGGCCAAGCGGAGUCCCAAAGUGGUGCAGCUGGAGAGGAAGGACAGCCAGGGCAGCUCCCAGCACAGCGUGUGCAGUCACCGCAGCACGCACACGGACUCCCCUGCCCGCGCCGCGCCCGCCGCACCCGGCGAGACGCUGGCAGCCCCGCCCCCCGUGCCCCCGCCCCCCACCCAACCCCUCCCCAGCCUACCGCCGCUGGAGCCGCCUGCCAAUGGCACCCUCCAGAAGAAGCCCGACCCCUUCAAGAUCUGGGCCCAGUCGCGGAGCGUUUACGAGAGCCGCAUGCCAGACUCUCAGGAGCAGGACAUCUUCCUGUGGAGAAAAGAGACCGGCUUUGGCUUCCGGAUCCUUGGAGGGAACGAACCGGGGGAACCGAUCUACAUCGGCCACAUCGUGAAGUACGGCGCGGCGGACGAGGACGGCCGCCUGCGCUCCGGGGACGAGCUGAUCUGCGUGGACGGCACGGCCGUGGUGGGCAAGUCGCACCAGCUGGUGGUGCAGCUGAUGCAGCAGGCGGCCAAGCAGGGCCACGUCAACCUGACGGUGCGACGCAAGAGCGGCUACGGAGUAUGCAAGGGUGAGGCAGACGUGCCGGCCUCGCCUGCCUCCUCGCACCACAGCAGCACGCAGGCGCCCUCCCUGGCCGAGGAGAAGCGCACGCCGCAGGGCAGCCAGAACUCGCUCAACACCGUCAGCUCGGGCUCGGGCUCCACCAGCGGCAUCGGCAGCGGGGGCGGAGGCGGCGGCAGCGGCGUGGUCGCCGUGGCGCCGGCCGCGCUGCAGCCCUACGAUGUGGAGAUCCGCCGCGGAGAGAGCGAGGGCUUCGGCUUCGUCAUCGUCUCGUCCGUGUCGCGCCCCGACGCCGGCACCACGUUCGCUGGAAACACCUGUGUGGCCAUGCCCCAUAAAAUAGGCCGGAUCAUCGAGGCCAGCCCGGCGGACCGCUGUGGGAAGCUGAAGGUGGGCGACCGCAUCCUGGCCGUCAACAGCUGCUCCAUCACCAACAAGUCCCACUCUGACAUCGUCAACUUGAUCAAGGAGGCUGGCAACACGGUCACCCUACGAAUCAUCCCAGGAGAUGAGUCUUCAAACGCCUCCCUGCUGACCAAUGCUGAGAAGAUAGCCACAAUUACCACCACACACACACCGCAGGGCAGCACAGAGCUGAGGAAUAGCAAAACAAAACAGGCCCCGCCCCCUCCUUCAACACAAACGUCCAAUCAGGACGCCGAGUUUUACUCGGUGGACCUGGAGAGAGACAGCAAAGGCUUCGGGUUCAGCCUGCGCGGGGGGAAGGAGUACAACAUGGACCUGUACGUGCUGCGGUUGGCAGAGGAUGGCGCCGCUGUGCGGAACGGCAAGAUGAGGGUGGGUGACGAGAUCUUGGAGAUCAACGGCGAGAGCACCAAGAGCAUGAAGCACUCGCGCGCCAUCGAGCUGAUCAAGAACGGCGGGCGGCGGGCGAGGCUGGUCCUGAAGAGGGGCGACGGCUCUGUGCCAGAGUAUGACGGGCCCGGUGACGGGUACCCUCCCCCACCCGGGCCACAAAACCUUUCGGAAGUGAGAACCAUGCCGUCCAAUGGGCGACUUCACCUUCCAUCGGAGUCCAGCUACACAUCAGACUACCAUACACCACCCUGGCCCCAGGAGCAGCGGCUGAGAGAGAGCGAGCACGAGAGAGAGAGGGAAAGGGGGAGGGAGGACCACAGGGACUACACCCAUUAUCCCAGAGCCCCCCUCCACCACACCUGGAACAACGACCGCGCCGGUCCCCGCAUCCCCUCCCCGUCCCCCGAAAACGACAAGAAGAACUCCCGCCGCAAAGUGAAGAAGUCCGAGUCGGAGAGUGGCAUCGCCCGGCUCUUCAAGACGCUGAGGAAGGAGGGCGGCUUCGGGAAGAAGCCCUCGGACCGGGAGCAGGGGCUGCAAGGGUGCGAGCGUUCCCUGGAGAGGAGGGCCCGCCCAGGACCGCGGCCCCGCCGCGGGUCCCUGGACCGUUCGCCCACCCGCAGGCGUGGCUCCUCGCCGGACCGCCGCCGGGCCAAGUCCGUGGACCGGCGGGCAGAGCGCACGCGCCAUGACUACUCCCCGGAGCGGAGCCCCCGCGCCUCCAGCCAGGUCCUGCCCCGGCCGGCCGCCACGCCCGAGAGGCGCAUCGCGCCCCAGCGCGAGCCUCAGACGCCGGGCAGGAGCUGCCGGGAAGAGGCCUACCUCACCUCCACCCCAGAGAGGCCCAACAACGGGCAGGGCGCGGCACUGCCGCCGGCCCGUGGGCGCACCGCGCCCAAGCGUGCCCCAAAGAACGCCAACGUGCUGCGUGACGCCUCCCCCUCGGGCCGCGGCGAGCGCGACCAGUGGCACCUGGGCAACGGCACCCCGGAGCGGCGCUACCGCAGGGAAUCGGACAGCAGCAGCAAUGGGAGUUACCUGGAUGAGGCUGCCACCCCCCUGCUGAAGGAAUACUACAACGCGUUGAAGGCCAGCGCCAUGAACGGGACCAACGCGGACAGGGAUCCCACGCAGCACCCUCAGUCCAAGAGACGGCUUUACAAAGAGAACCACACGGACCUCAGCAUAUGAGCACGGGAACCCACGAGACUCCGCUGACGCACGAGACCUCAUGCGAGCUGGACAGCUGUUGACAUAGCACCGUUUUAAAAGAUAUGAUGGGUUUAAUGAUCAACUGAGUGAAUGAGAGAAUGGGUGAUUUGAUUGAUUAAUUGAUUGAUCGAUUGAUUGCACACUUCAUUUGAUUUCACAUCUGUACAUUUUUCAGGACAAAUUUCCACAGAUCAGUCACACAUCAGCAUUCUUCAUUCUGUUUGUGUUU